AUGCAAUACCCCUAUUUAAUAUCAAAAAGUUUGGAUCCAAUAGUUGGUGUUGGAAUAGGUGUUUUAUCAUACUAUUCUUAUGAACAAAGAGUUGGUCGCAAACCAGGACAUUCGUUACAUGAAUUGAUCGUGAAGAAGUUCUACAAUGGAAAAGACAAAAAUUGA